UAGGAGAGAGGAAUGAAGGAUUGAGAAGUGAGCUAUAAGUACUCCAUCUUGGGCUGAGGGCCUGUACAAACAAACAACAACACACAAUCGAUACGCCUGCACAGCAAAACCGGCCUCGGUUUCGAAAGUCACUGGGAAAGUACAGCCGCAUUUCUUCUCCUCGUCGUGAAGCUACCAAGCCCUUGUUACUAUGUCUUAGUCCCUUCUGUCAUCUCGUUCAUCAUGGUUUAUGACAGAAUAUUGCAUUUUAUUUCUCAGUUACACUUAACAGUGACUAUCGUUUGGUAUUCAAACCAUCCUUAUCCACCGGUAAGCGAAGAUGGUCUGGAUGCCAAAAUAAAAGGCUUUCUGCCGCUUCUUUUCUCGGUCGCGGGCUUGGUUCACCGUUCGCACUAUCUUCUAAAACGCACUGUUGACGUGUAAGGUUAUUAACUAUAUAUGCGAAAUACGUUUCACCGCCACAGCUUUCCAAGUCUCAGCGCAUCGCUUCCCCUUGUCAAUUUGAUCGUCAUUCGGGAACGUUCCUUUCGGUUUUUCACUUGGUCCGUAUUUUCUAACGGCGUCAAGUAGCCUUUACCCACGCUGGUGUUGAUAACCGCUACAAUACGCAACGCUAACGAUAUCACCGUUCGCCUGACAAGUAAUAACUCGUCGAUUCGAACUAUACAAUAACACUAAACAUAGCUGCAAGCACGUUUGCUAAAUAUACGAUUUGAUUGGUGGUGAUUUUUCAUGAGUUUUCUGUGGACAAUGAAACAUAUGAACGUGCGUGGCGUUACGGAAAUAAGUUGACAGUUGGCGAUACUACUAUGUAUCUACUUUGUGAGCCAUGACAGAUAUAGCCUAUGAGCGAUAUGCCCAGCAUAUUGUCGGUGUCAAAGAUCGAGACUGUCAUAUCUCGACAAAUGUGUAUUGUGGUACCGUACGUUUAGUUCUAUGAUAUGUUAUCAGUACACUUUUCCGCUGAUUACAAGCCAUGUGAUGGAUUGAUUCCUAGCACCUCUCUUGAGGCUGCCUUACGACCAACUUGUUCUGUCCAAACUCUAUCUCUC